AUGGCGGCAACGGAGGCGGCGGCGGCUGAGUCUGCGGCUCCGGUCCCGGGUGUCCCGGUCAUGCCGGCGAGCACGCGGGGAGCCGCCGCCGCCUCAAGCCCGUGGGGGCCGUCGGUGUCGCGGCUGCAAAGCAGCCGACCUCGACUGGCCAGGGCUCAGGCCGCGGCCCCAGUGCCGCCGGCCCGGGAGCUGAUCCAGCCGUCUGUGAGCGAGCUGUCCCGGGCUGUGCGCACCAAUAUUCUGUGCACUGUGCGCGGCUGCGGCAAAAUCCUGCCCAACAGUCCUGCGCUCAACAUGCACCUAGUCAAGAGCCACCGACUGCAGGAUGGCAUAGUAAAUCCAACAAUAAGAAAAGAUUUGAAAACUGUGCCGAAAUUCUACUGCUGUCCAAUCAAAGGCUGUCCUCGAGGUCCUGACAGACCUUUUUCUCAGUUUUCUCUGGUGAAACAGCACUUUAUGAAAAUGCAUGCAGAAAAGAAGCACAAAUGCAGUAAAUGCAGCAAUUCCUAUGGCACCGAGUGGGACCUGAAAAGACACGAGGAGGAUUGCGGCAAGACCUUCCAGUGUACGUGUGGCUGUCCCUAUGCCAGCAGAACCGCACUGCAGUCUCAUAUCUACCGAACUGGCCAUGAGAUCCCUGCAGAACACAGAGACCCUCCUAGUAAAAAAAGGAAAAUGGAAAGCUACCUGCAAAGCCAAAAGUUGUCCAGUAAAAUUGAGCCACUGAGCGAUCAACCAGCCCUUCACCAAGACGCUCAUGAACUAGAGGCUGCAGAAGUAAAGCUAGCAGCGUCAUUUGAAGACUCGUGCGGCUCCCACGCCAAAAAGCAGAGCGUCCCACCUCCUCCCAGGUGCCCCCAGAAGUUGCUUUUACCAAAGCCCAAGGUGGCUCUGGUCAAACUUCCAGUCAUGCAGUUUUCGCCUGUGCCUGUCCUGGUGCCUGCAGCGGAGUCCUUGGCCCAGCCUGUGGUGUUCGGUGUGGAUCAGGGUUCUGCAGCAGGUGCUGUGCACUUAGUUCCCUUGUCCGUAGGAACCCUGAUCCUCAGCCUUGAUGCAGAGGCCUGUUCUCUGAAGGAGAGCCUACCUCUCUCAAAAAUUGUCAGUCCUAUUGUUGAGCCGAUCAGUACAGGUGUUCAAGUGAACUUGGGUAGAACUCUGUGUAGUCCUUUACAAGAACUAGGGAGUGCGUGCCAGAAGAGCAGCAUUUCCUCAAUCAACGUGCAGACGGAUCUGUCCUACGCCUCACCCAACGUGAUACCUUCUGCUCAGUGGCUUAGCCCUGAUUCCUCCGUGUCAUCGUGUUCUCAGACUGACCUGUCAUUUGAUUCUCAAGUGUCCCUUCCCAUCAGUGUCCACACCCAGACAUUGGUGCCCAGCUCUAAGGCCACUUCCUCCAUAGCCGCUCAGACGGAUGCAUUUAUAGACUCCUGUUUCCAGCCAGGUGGGAUCUCCAGAGAAACCCAAACCGGCAGGCUGCAAAAUCCCACAGGUGAUCCAGUGCAGGUGAGCCACACUGGCCUGUGUGGGGACAUUUUUGAAAGUGUCCAUCCGUCGUACAGCAUUCCCACAGACAACAUCAUGAGCAACAGUUUAGUCACCGAGACAGUGGCUCACGGCCUGUUACCUCAGAAUGACCCUAAGAUAUUAAGCCAAGUCAUUGAAAAGUCUGCACCCAUGUUAAACUUCAGUGCCCAGAACAGCAUGCUUCCUUCACAGACCAUGACAGAUAAUCAGACCCAAACCAUGGAUUUACUGAGUGACUUAGAAAAUAUCUUGUCAAGUAAUCUGCCUGGUCAAGCUCUGGAUAACCGGAGUCUUUUGUCUGACCCAAACCCCGGGUCAGAUGCCCAGCUCCCUUCAAGCUCAGCCCAGAAUUCCGGGAUCGAUUUUGAUAUUGAAGAGUUUCUCUCAGCCUCAAAUAUCCAGACUCAGACUGAAGAGAGUGAACUCUGCACCGUGAGCACUGAGCCGGCCUUGGAGUCCCUGGACAUCGAGACGCAGACUGACUUCUUCCUCACAGACCCCGCCGCGCAGCACUACGGGUUCAGGGGAGGUUCGAGCUUCCUAGGCCUUGAGAUGUUUGACACGCAAACCCAGACAGACCUGAACUUCUUCUUAGACAGUAGUCCUCGCCUGGCCCUGGGCAGCAUCCUCAAGCACUCCAGCUUCUCCAUAAGCACUGACUCUUCCGACACCGAGACCCAAACGGACGGCGCCACCGCAGCUCGACAUGCGCCUGCCCUGGAGGGCAAGGUCCAGUUGAGCAGCACAGAGACGCAGACCAUGAGCCAUGGCCUCGAGCCCCUGGGGAACUCGUUCCUCACCAGCAAUGAGACCCAGACGGCAAUGGAUGACUUCCUUCUUGCCGAUUUGGCCUGGAAUACAAUGGAGUCCCAGUUCAGCUCUGUGGAAACCCAGACAUGCGCAGAGCUGCACGCUGUCUCCAGCUUCUGAAGGUACAGCCAGGCUCCCCGACCCCACUUCGUGGGUUUAGAACAUGGGGAAAGGACGGCGAGCGGCGCCGACGGGGGAUGUAGCUGGUGGGGCAGCUAUUUAGAGUCUGCAGUUCUUGGCGUUUUGUACUUGUGAACACAAGACUGGUGUACAAAUGUGAGUGUAUUAUAAAGUGUAAGGUGUUGAUCUAAAACGUUUCAAUGUCGCAUAUGUUUGCCCCUGUGUAGCUUUUCUUUCUACCUUAAAAACAGCAUUUCACACUGUAAAGCUUAGAGCCAUUUAGCUGAAGCCAAGCUUGCCAGGUAGGAGGGCACAAGCCUUGCGACUGCUGUAG